GCCAUGAUAACCAUACAAGGAAUAGAACAGACUGCUUUGGAAGCUGGCUAUGAUGCACAGCAGCUGGGACAACAGCCUUUAUAUGUGAAUUCACAAUCAUGGAAACGGAUGGUACAGAAAUUCUUGAAGGGAGAACCGAAAAUCCUUGGGGUUGUGCAGAUUGUGAUUGCCCUCAUGAACCUCGCCAUAGGCAUCAUGAUGAUAAGCACCACUGUGCCAUACAAUGAUGCACUCCCUAUUUCAGUGUACAUAGGGUACCCAAUUUGGGGAUCUCUGAUGUUUAUUAUUUCAGGAUCAUUCUCAAUUGUAGCAGGAAGAAGAACUACAAAAGGCUUGGUUCGAAGUAGCCUAGGUUUGAACAUCACCAGUUCUGUGUUUGCCUUCUCGGGGAUCAUAAUCAGCUCACUGAGCCCAAGCAUUCAUUCUUUCCAUUACUACUACUGUACAUAUAGAAGCUCUUCGGAAAGCUGCAACAUGACCGUGCUCAUUUUAAUGGGUCUGGAUAUUGUGGUGGUCAUUUUAAGUGUGCUGGAGUUCUGCAUUGGUGUGUCUCUCUCUGCCUUUGGAUGCAGAGUGAUGUGCUGUAACCCUGGUGGGGUCGUGAUAAUUAUGCCAUCAAGUCCUCCCAGGAAAGAAACAGCAUAUCCUACAUCACUUUAA